CCUUUCUAACUCACAUUUGGGUGUUUCUUGUUCAUUAAAAUCCCAAUUAUAAGGGGUCAAAUAUUCUGAUUUCCUUAUUGUUUAUUAGAUUCUUCUUCAAAUACCCAUCAAAGUGGAGUAAAAGUUUCCCUACUUUUUUGUGCUUUUGCUCUUCAAAUGAUUCUUCAUCACAUGACUGAGUGACAAAAAAGAAACCAAGGAUAAGAAGACUACCAACUUGCUCUCCAAGCAAAUACAAACACCUGUCUGUGAUUGAGCGUCUGAGAUUUGUGUAUUCCAGAGAAACUCAUAGUUAUCCGAAUUGGGUUUCUGGUUUAUGGAGAAAAAGAUCGUCAGAAAUUCGAAUUAGGAUCUGGGUUUCUUGAAAAAAGUUGUUAAGCUGAAUUGGGAUUAGGGUUUCUUGAUAGAAAAAUCAUCAGAAUCUUUACUGGGUUUCUUGAGAGAAAGGGAUCAGAAUUCUGGAAUUUGGGUUUUUUUCCCCUUCUCUUCUUCUCUAUUUUUCCAACAUAAUCCUGGUUUUAAAGUGUUUGUGGGUGAGAAUUGGGGCUAGGGUUCUUGAGGGAUGGCAGGUGGAUGCAGUAUAGUAUGGUUUAGGAGAGAUCUGAGGGUAGAAGAUAACCCUGCUUUAGCUGCAGGUGUAAGAGCAGGUAAAGUGAUAGCAGUUUUCAUAUGGGCACCUGAAGAAGAAGGCCAUUAUUAUCCAGGGAGAGUAUCAAGAUGGUGGCUUAAACAGAGUUUAGCUUCGCUUGAUUCAUCCUUGAAGAAUCUUGGAACUUCUCUCAUCACCAAGAGAUCUUCUGAUAGUGUUUCUUCUCUUCUUGAUGUCACCAAAUCCACUGGUGCUACUCAGAUCUUUUUUAACCACUUAUAUGAUCCUCUAUCUCUGGUUAGGGAUCACCGAGCGAAGGAGGUUUUAACUGAAAAUGGCAUAGCAGUGCGCUCGUUCAAUGCAGACUUGUUAUAUGAACCAUGGGAAGUUCUUGAUGAUGAUGGUCGGCCGUUUAUUACAUUUACAUCAUUUUGGGAUCGAUGCCUUAGCAUGCCGUAUGAUCCCGAGCCUCCACAACUCCCACCUAAAAGAAUAAUCUCAGGAUACUCGAUGGUUUUAUGGUUUCCUUCAGGUGAUUUUUCUAGAUGCCCUUCAGACACAGUGGCUUUUGAAAACGAUUCAGAAAGGGGAAGCAAUGCACUUCUAGCUCGGGCAUGGUCACCAGGAUGGAGCAAUGCUAACAAGGCACUAGCUGCUUUCGUCAACGGGCCAUUACUAGAUUACUCUAGAAACCGUAGAAAAGCAGAUAGUGCCACAACAUCUUUUCUUUCUCCGCACCUGCAUUUCGGAGAAGUUAGUGUACGGAAAGUCUUUCACCUAGUACGAACCAAACAAAUCCUUUGGGCCAAUGAAGGGAACAAUGCUGGUGAAGAAAGCGUUAAUUUAUUCCUGAAAUCUAUCGGUCUUCGUGAAUACUCAAGAUAUAUGAGUUUCAACCAUCCAUAUAGUCACGAAAGGCCGCUUUUGGGACAUUUGAAGUUUUUCCCUUGGGUGAUUGAUGAAGGCUAUUUUAAGGCAUGGAGACAAGGUAGAACCGGUUACCCUUUAGUUGAUGCCGGCAUGAGAGAGCUUUGGGCCACCGGUUGGUUGCAUGAUAGGAUCCGAGUGGUGGUUUCUAGUUUCUUCGUGAAGGUUUUACAACUACCUUGGAGAUGGGGCAUGAAAUAUUUCUGGGAUACGUUGCUAGAUGCGGAUCUUGAGAGUGAUGCUCUUGGUUGGCAGUAUAUAUCUGGAACUUUACCUGAUAGCCGCGAGUUUGACCGCAUAGAUAAUCCUCAGAUUGAGGGCUAUACAUUUGACCCGAAUGGGGAAUACGUACGAAGAUGGCUUCCUGAGCUUGCUAGAUUACCAACUGAGUGGAUACAUCAGCCGUGGGAUGCGCCAGAAUACGUGCUUCGAGCUGCUGGAAUAGAGCUUGGUUCGAAUUACCCUCUUCCCAUCGUAAAGAUUGAUGCAGCAAAAGCUCGGUUACGUGAAGCACUUACACAAAUGUGGCAGCAUGAAGCCACUUCUAGAGCCGUUCUAGAAAAUGGGAUGGAAGAAGGUCUUGGUGAUUCGUCUGAAGACGCUCUGAUAGCUUUCCCACAAGAUAUGCAAAUGGAGAUGGAUCAAGAUACUGUUAGGAAUCACACGAGUAUCACGAUUCGCCAUUAUGAAGAUCAAAUGGUUCCUAGUUUGACUGCAUCUUUGUUAAGAGGUGGAGUAGAAGAAGAAGAAGAAUCAUCUUCAGAUCAUAGAAGUCUAGCAAAUGAUAGCAGGGCAGAAGUUCCUGAUGAUGUUAUGGAUCCAGAACCAGCAAGGGAAUCACUUCAUCAAGAACUUGCACAGUUUAACAUCCAGAUAGCUCUGAGGAACGCUGAAGAUUCUCCGGCUGAAUCUUCUAACGGUACGACUUCUAGGAGGGAACGAGAUGGGGUUGUGGUUCCCGUGUGGUCACCGGCAACUUCUAGUUUUUCAGAGCAGUUUGUAGGUGAAGACAGUUCUUAUUUGCAAAGGCAUCCACAGUCGCACCAAAUGAUCAACUGGAGGGAACUUUCUCAAACCGGGUAAUCUGUCGUCUGAGAAAUUAUAGAAGCUCAAAGAUAUUGGCAAAAAUCAGCCGUUACAGAUUCUCAUCCACGAUCUUGUUUUCCAAGACUCGGAUUCAAAGACAAUCGAGGCCAGAUUUGGAACCGGAAAGAUAAUCUUUCUGUAAACCAUUUUGGUUCCUAUGCUGUUCAUAUUAUUCUAAUGCUGUAUAGUGAAGAAAAAGAAGUGUUUUAGACAUAAGAAUUCUGGAAUCCUCUAGAAACCCCAGAUUUUUUGUGUUUUUCUAAUGUUCAUGUCGUUGUUGUACUUCGGCGUACAACCUAUCAAUGCUGCAUAACUAAUAAAUUGUUAUGAGGGAUGUGACGACCUUUUUAGAACUA